AUGUCAGACUGGGAAGAGUCAUCUAGCGAGGAGGAGGUCGCGAAAGGAAAGCCUUCGGUUCCGGUACAAGCGAACCAAGCGCCUGCGAAGCCUGCACCACCUCCGGUUAAGAAGGUCACGAAGAAGUGGGAGGGUGAAGACGAGGAAGAGGAAGCCCCAGUGAGUGACUGGGAGGAGUCUUCGGAAGAAGAGUCAGAAGAAGAGGUGAAACCCGCACCUGUCGCGCCUCCCAAGAAAAAGGGUACCCUGAAAGCAAAACUCGCUGAGAAGGAGGCCCAAAAAGCAGCAGCCACGAACGGAGACGACUCGGAAGACUACGAUUCUGACGCGGUUCUUGAUCCUCGGGAAAAGGCUCGCAGAGACAAGGAACGUGAGCUCAAAUCCGACCUGAACAACGCCGCCGAUCUGCUUGGUUCAGCCGCGCUGGGAGGAACCUCAUCCUCCGAGCUCGACUCGCUGCUCUCUGCACAACCGCGCACGAAGGAGGACUUUCACAAGCUUUCGGACCGCAUCAUCGAGUUCGUGAUCAAGCGACACCAAUCGAAGCCUCUAUACCCUGCCUUCAUUGAGUACCACGCACGUGCGCUCGCGAUUCCGCUCAAGGACGUCGAGGUGCGCAAGGUCGCGUCCGGCCUAACGGCUUUGGCGAAUGAGAAGCAGAAGGAGCAACGGGAAAAGGCGAGCGGGAAGAAGAAGCCCAAGGCGACGGGGAAGCCGGUGUUGGGCAGCUCGAAGGUGUCCGCAAAACUCGAUGUCGCUGUGUAUGAUGAGCCAUUGGAUGAUUUCGGCAGCAACGCUGACGAUUUCAUGUAA